UGAUGAACAUCCACAAAUUAUACAUUCCAUACAAAACGGAAUAUAUAAAACUAAAUGGAGUGUCUCCGGUUGCAGCCACAACACAUUCAAUUCCUUUCUUGAUCAACAUUGCGAUGCAGCAAUGGUGGAGAGGAUCCUACAUUUGGAAGCAGUUAUGAGGAAUGGAACCUAACCGGUGAAAACCGGCUAGGAACCUGACCGGAGUCUGAAGCGCGCGCCUUAGCUUGCUUGCUCGCUUGCUAUCGAUCUGACCUGUACGGGAGUCUUGCCAGAAACAUCCAACCUAAACAGCCUAGCUAUAGCCAAUCGUGAAUAACUAGAGGCACCACAUCUCUGAGCAAAAACACAGCUGCUGCGGGUGGCGUGAUUGGGGGUGAGCGAGUUAAGACAGAGUGUUUAUUCCCUGUUUAGCUGCUGGCUGUUCUCCCACUGGGACUUCAUGAGUGUGUGUGUGUUUGAGGGAGUGGGGAGUUAUAAUGCCUACAUCACAAGGAAAGAUUGAUUGACUCACUGUUCCUCUCCUCCCGAAACGCAAGAUAGCGACAGCUUCGUAGGCUAGCCGAGACUAGACGAGGAAAUCCUCAGAAGCUUGCUUCAGUGUGCCCAAUUUAUUUUUUACUGAUAAUGUAAGACCUUUUAUAAACUACAUCCAAAGUGUCGAGUUUGUUCCUCCAUCUAAAGAUCACAACCCAUUGUCUGGGUUUUCACAACACAGUCAAAUGGACAUUUACAUCAGGAUUUGUCAUUUCAAUUUGUGCAAGGAGAGAGGAAGCAUUGUUUUGUUGAAUCCGAAUGCGUUACCUAUCUCAUCUCAUCUUUGGUUCUGGGGAAAGGAGAGAGACAAAACCGGGAAGGGAGGGUGAGGACUGAGGAGGGGUAAAUGCGGAACAAACCGGUGUGCCCGGAUACACGCUGUAGCGGCUCGCCCGCACUGCAGUCACUCUUAGCACGCCGAGGAUGCACAAGACCUAUGUGACCACAUUGACCCACUCACUGGAAACUGAGCUCUCACUGCUACUACUGACACAGAAGAUGGAAUCGAAGUAGGUAUCCCUAUUGAUCUGGGUAUACUAUAAAUCCAUACAAACUCAUCCACCGGAGACCACACUCUUUGAGAUCCUUCCUUUUACCUGACACACUGUGUGUGGACCAAGGCCAGUUAAAGGUGAGAGAGAACAAAAACUCAGAAUGUACACAGCACAACUGGAACCCACAGUAAACCACUGACUGAACACAAUGUCCUUCCUCUGUGAGAGAAGAGAGAGUCAGAGAGCAUCAAUCUGUCUGACUCAUCGUCAGUGAACAUAUCCAAGACUGUCCAUCAAAACCCAGUUGUUCCUGCCACGCUAUAUGACCAGCUCUGGCAUUGAGACCGCCAGUCCUGUGUGAGUUGGUGUGUAACAGUGUGAGUGGACGUAGCUAGGAGGAGGGAGGUCCCACUUACAGUCAGUGCCGAUCCCAAUACACCCAAGAGACUGUCAAUCAUAUCAAGACCCAGCCAUUACUGACUUUACAUAACCACAUAACCAGGUCUGGCCUGGAGACAGCCAGUCCUGUGUGUGUGUGUGUGGAAGUAGCCCAGUGUGUGUGAGUGGGUGGAGGUAUCUAGGAGGAGGGGGUGGCCGUUGUCUUCUCAGGCCGGAUGCAGAACAUCCUCGAGCAGAACUUAGACAUGGCCACGGCUCUGCUGGCGGGAGAGAAGCUGAAGGAGCUGAUCCUGCCUGGCUCUUCCCAGGAUGAGAAGGGAGGAAUGCUGGCCGGCCUUAUGGUCCAGCUUAAAUUAGAGCUACCAUUUGACCGCGUCGUCACCAUCGGCACUGUCAUCAUACCCAUCCUGCUCGUCACUCUGGUCUUCACAAGGAACUUUGCAGAGGAGUCAAUCUACUGCUACACGCCUCACAACUUCACCCGUGACCAGGCCCUGUACGCACGAGGCUACUGCUGGACAGAGCUGCGUGACGCCGUUCCCGGGGUGGAGCCUGACCUUCGACCUUCGCUGUUUGAGCACAAGUUCCUACCUUACGCCCUGCUGGCCUUCGCCGGCAUCAUGUACAUCCCUGCUUUGGGCUGGGAGUUCAUGGCCUCCACAAGACUUACCUCCGAGCUCAACUUCCUGCUUCACGAAAUUGACAACUGCUACCACCGGGCUGCCGAGGGCCGGGCCCCUAAAAUCGAGAAGCAGAUCCAGUCCAAAGGACCAGGCAUCACGGAGAAAGAGAGACGAGAGAUCAUCGAGAAUGCGGAGAAGGAGAAGAGCCCCGAGCAGAACCUGUUUGAGAAGUACCUGGAGAGACGAGGACAGAGCAACUUUCUGGCCAAGCUGUACCUUGCGCGCCACUUGGCCAUCAUGUGCCUCAGCUCCAUCCCCAUCUCCUACCUGAGCGCCUACUGGCACCGCCAGCGCCAGAACGAGUUCAGCUGUGCCCUGGGGGAACCUCCAGACUCCAGCAGCAUCCCUGAGCUGAGGCUCAGCGUCAACUGCAAACUGCCAGCCGUGCAGCUGCAGCGCAUUAUGGCCGCCGUAGACAUUGCCCUGCUGAGCACCAUGAACCUUGUCAUCCUGGUCAACUUGCUGCACCUGUUCGUGGUGCGGAAGUCCAACUUCGUGUUCGACAAACUGCACAAGGUGGGCAUCAAGACGCGGCGGCGCUGGCAGAAGUCUCAGUUCUGUGACAUCAACAUCUUGGCCAUGUUCUGUAACGAGAACCGCGACCACAUCAAGUCACUCAACCGCCUUGACUUUAUCACCAAUGAGAGCGACCUCAUGUAUGACAAUGUGGUGAGGCAGCUGCUGGCAGCCCUGGCCCAGUCUAACCACGACGCUACACCCUCUGUGAGGGACUCAGGCAUCCAGACCCUAGACCCCAACAUGGACCCCUCUCUCUUGGGAGUGGGGGAGCUGGGAGGGGAGCCGCUGGUCAUAAAACGACCACGCAAGAAGAUGAAGUGGAUCCCCAGCUCCAACCCCCUCCCCCAGCCUUUUAAGGAACCUCUGACAAUGACGCGUUUGGAGAACAGCACUAAGACUGAGAAGCCCAAACCGGUGAGGAGGAAACCAGUUGCAGAGAACUAUGUUGCUCCAUUAAGCAAGAGCACACAGUACCCACCCUCUGCCAAAGAUAUGAGCGCAAUGGAGAAAAAGCACAGUCGCAACUUUACCCUGGAUGUCCACCCAUACAUGCUGACCAUCCGUAAGCCCACCAAGGUAGAGACAGUCAGCACAGAGCCUCCGCCCCCUGACCACACCCUCGACUCUGUGUUCAUCGAGGGCACACACACCAUCGUCCAUGUUUCUGCUUCUAUCACAGAAAAGAAAGAUUGCACCCCAGAGUCCACCAACACGGUCUUCUCUACAAUGACCGUCCCUACUAGCAUCUAUCUGAACGGUGCCACUCCCAGCCCCCACCCACCCUCCCUUGCUGAAUGCCACCCUACAGAGUCCCUGAUCGAACAAGAGGAGCCCGAAGCCCAGCCUGCAGUCUUUACCCGGAUCCCUUCCCACCAGCUUCUAAGUAUGCACCAGAUACUCAGUAUGGAGGAAGAGGGGGCUGGAGGCCAGGGUGCCAGACUGACUGAGAGACCCGUGGGGGAACUAAUCGCUGCUGGGGAGUGCUGAGGAGGAGACACACAUGUUUGGGGACAUAUUUUGAGGGCGGCACACAGCAACAUAUACUCACCACUUCCAUGCCAAUCACUGUCUGCCUAUAGAAAAAAAAACCUUGUCCUCCUGACCACACAGAUGUGCUGUGCUCACAACGCACCUCUUCUCUGGUGAAGGGACUUAGUGAGGGUUCCGAUGGUGCUGAACCAUCAUUUUUUUAUAUAGAUUUAACAAGAUGCAGCAAAAAAGAGGAUACUGGUUCAAUGUGUGCUAAUCAACCCUGUCAUCUGAUGUAACUCUCUCAGCACUUGAUUUGUCCAGGAUGGGAAGCAAGGAGACUUUGUUGACAUGCAGACAGCAUUUGUUGCUCAUAUCCUUGACUUGGAGAGGAAGCAGCUCAUAUUACAAAAGCUAGGAAAGAGAAAAGGGAAGGUGGAAUGCUUUUUACACACAUUUUAGUCAAGCACACCAUGUAAAAGACUGCUUUACCUACAGUUAAAUUCUGAAAACAUGUUUAUAAAAACAUUACUAUCAUUGCUUAUUGUCCCUCUCUCCAAGUAUACUGAGAGCCCAUGCAAUACGUUUAAAAAUCUGCACUGCAAUAUAUGCAAAAGAAUAUGCAAUAAUGUAUACACUUCCAACUUAGAAGACAUUUUACAUACUGUAAAUCAUCUACAGACUCUGUAGCCCUAUGUCGGUUGUGGUGUGCUUCACACAUAAAUGUUCAAUUAGUUAUUGUCAUUUGACCACACAGAGGACAGAGGAGGCGAAGUGAGAAUGCACCUACCUUACUG